CUUUGCCUGCGUGCCACCCUCAGGCAAAAGAAUGAUUUAGAAAGCUCCCAGAGGAUAUUUUUUGCAGGAGCAGAUUUAGGAACUCCCUAAAUCCAGGCAAGAAAAGGGAGGAGUCUGAGCCAUGUCCCGCCCCUUCUCCAGUAAACUUCUGCCGCUCCAGGUUUGGCGGCGGGAGUUCGAAGGACCUGGAGGAGCUGCACACCCCUGGCUUUCCCCAUGGUUUCGGUGACCAGAGCCGUUUUUGGAGACCUGCCCUUGGGGGCAGGGACGGUGGAGAAGUUCCAGCUGCAGUCAGACCAGCUGAGAGUAGACAUCAUCUCCUGGGGCUGCACCAUCACGGCCCUGGAGGUUAAAGACAGGCAGGGCAGAGCCUCAGACUUGGUGCUCGGCUUUGCUGAGUUGGAAGGGUACCUCCAAAAGCAGCCCUACUUUGGAGCAGUGGUUGGCAGGGUGGCCAACCGAAUUGCCAAAGGAACAUUCACGUUGGACGGGAAGGAGUAUCAGCUGGCCAUUAACAACGGGCCCAACAGCCUGCAUGGAGGAGUCAGAGGGUUUGAUAAGGUCCUCUGGACCCCUCAGGUGCUGUCAAAUGGAGUCGAGUUCUCACGGGUCAGUCCAGAUGGUGAGGAAGGCUACCCUGGAGAGUUAAAAGCCUGGGUGACAUACACACUGGAUGGCGGGGAGCUCGUGAUCAACUACCGAGCACAGGCCAGUCAGACCACUCCGGUCAAUCUGACCAACCAUUCUUACUUCAACCUGGCAGGCCAGGGUUCCCCGAAUAUAUAUGACCAUGAAGUCACUAUAGAAGCUGAUGCUUUUUUGCCUGUGGAUGAAACCCUGAUUCCUACAGGAGAAGUUGCGCCAGUGCAGGGAACUGCAUUUGACCUGAGGAAGGCAGUGGAGCUUGGAAAGCACCUGCAGGAGUUCCACAUGAAUGGCUUUGACCACAACUUCUGUCUGAAGGGAUCUAAAGAAAAGCGUUUGUGUGCACGGGUCCAUCAUGCUGGGAGCGGGCGGGUACUGGAAGUGUACACCACCCAGCCGGGUGUCCAGUUUUAUACGGGCAACUUCCUGGAUGGCACACUGAAGGGCAAGAGUGGAGCAGUCUAUCCCAAACACUCCGGUUUCUGCCUUGAGACCCAGAACUGGCCUGAUGCAGUCAAUCAGCCCCACUUCCCUCCUGUGUUGCUGAAGCCUGGUGAGGAGUAUGACCACACCACUUGGUUCAAGUUUUCUGUGGCUUAAGGAAGUGUAAAGAUGUGACCUGCUCCAGGGCCAGGCUGGGAGCCCCUUCCGCAGCCUGUCACCUAUGCAGAGAUGAGAUGAAGAUUUAGAGGCUUUAAAAGUGAUCCUGUGAAUUAAAAUCAUACAAAUGGUAGCUGUCAUGAGUCAGUCUGAAUAGAUUCCUUCCCAAAGACUGGCUCCAGGCCAGGUCUAAUGAUCAGCUCUAUUCUCUGUGCAGUGAAGAGGACCCAGCCAUCAAUGUCAUCAUCUAAGCCUUGACCAUAGCCCAGAAGUGGUAACUGAGCUCCUUGUGUUGGCUCCAUCUCUCCAUUCUGCCUCUUUUUCUACUUUUCACCCUUUCUUUCUUUGAUCCUACUCUCAUUCCUUUUCUUUUUCCUCCUUCUCUACCUUAUACCACCUUGCACUGUGCAGCACUUUGGAGUUUUCAGAGGUCACUUAGCUCAUUCAACCUGCUGGCAGAGGGACCUCUCUGCCCCGAUACGGCAACAGAUGAUGGAGAAGUGAGCCAGCUGAGGCUUAGAGGGGAUAAAUGACCCACCUAAAGGCACAGAGCUAGGAAAAAUUUUAGCCAGGACUCGAGGUCAGGUCAUGUGAAUUCAAGUCCCCUUUGCCUCCACUCGUCUUCCAGAGCAUUCCGAGUGUCACUGAUGGGCAAAGGGGGGUCUGACCCUUACUCUGUUAGAGCCAUCCUUUCUUCCCAGAUUCACUUUUGUAAGAAGCUUUAGUCUGUCUCUGAGCCUACAGAUGGUGUGACUUAAAGUGCAAGAUCAAAAUGUCCAGGAAGAAUCUGUAAAUUUGAUUCUCUGCCUUUGGGGUUAACUGAGAAAGCCCAGCCCAGCCAAGGCAUGGGAAGGAAGCCACUGGAGACAGGAGCUGUGUUAGUGUGAGGAGGGCCUUGACUGAGGAUUGCACAUUGCACCGAGAACAGAUGUUGUGUUAUGUAGAUCAGCCUGGGCUUCCCUCCUUUCCUGAAUUACUGAAUCAUCAGUGAUGGGUUUGGGUUGGUGGUUUUUAAAGAAAUGUAUCUUAUACUAUUAUACACUAAUAAUCGGUUGAAAUAAAAUCAAAAUCUGCAUCUUCA